CGGUAUGCACCCAUCGUAUUCAUCUCGCUAGGCGGUCAUGAAAUCUGUCUUAGUGUUGCAACUGUAGUGUUUAAUAAAUAGCGAAAGCAUUAUUUUGCAUUGGUGUCCCAUCGGCUGAUUAGAUCGUCAAUUAUGUAUUUCUAUCUACUCCAACUGCGAAUCUAUCCACUAUUCCUGGAAACAUUUUUUGUUUAAAUCAUAGAUUAUUUUUCGUUCCGUUGUCGUUUAGAGUGCCUUUUAUAUGAUUGGGCGUGACACCGGGCCUUUGUCUCCUGAUUUUUUGCACUCUCCUACGCAGUUUAGAUAUUCAAGUGUUGUAUAUUAGCGUAUUUCUGGUGAAUUUUGUCUCCAGUUGGAGAUUGAUGUUUCAAUAUCUGAGGUUUAUGGUUUGCCUGAGUAAUUCUGUUAGAUUUAGCGGUUCCCUAGGGCUGGCCACUAGGUAUCCCCUAGGAGAACCUCUAGCAAAGUUCCGUGCCCUGGUAAAAAAGCAAUCGCAAUGUACACGUGUAUAUCAAGGCUGGCCUCCGGCAACACGUAUAGAUGUACAAAAUGAGUUAAAACCUCUUGGUCGUAGACUGUUCGUGAUGAACCGUUUGCUUGAGGAUGGAAAAACUCUAGAGCCUACCCUAGUAUUUUGCUGCGGCAUCAAACCCAUGCUAAUGCUGAGCAAACAAGAAUUUGAAGCUUUGAUAAAGCACCUACCCUGGAUAAAAAUGCAAUUCAAAGAGUUCUACAAACUCCUUUAAUGUAAUAAUGUAC